UCCUGUAUCCCGGCGUGCCGCGGGAGGACAGUGCUGGGAGUUGUGAGAGUGAGCGGCCCGACUCGCUGCCAUGGGCAACCGGCGGAGCGCGGCCCGGGGCAGUGAACCCACCAGUAAGUUGGUGCUCGCUUCGAAAUGGAAAGGCGCUUUGUCCAAAGUGGGAGUCUCCCUCUCGAGCUGGUGUUCGGGAUCUUUCCGUACCGGUGGAAAGUAUGAACAAGAACAACUACUACCAGUCGGGAUGCGAGCUGAGUCUCUCAAGCAUGCAAGCACUGGCUGGCCCUUUCCUCGCUUCAUCUCUCUCUUCUUCCCAGUCUUUCCUUACAAAUCGCAGCAUAUUGAUCAGGAAUUCCAGGAUAUUGAGUUCAUUGCAAGGGGCUCCUUGGGACCAAUUCUGAAAGUCCGCCAAAGGACUGUGGAGAAGACUUACGCAUUGAAAGUGCUACUGAAGGCGGAGGUUGUGCGACAGGGAGUCCUGCAGCAAUGCAAGGAUGCAGUUGUAAUUCAGAGUGCGACUACCACCAUGAUGGGGACCUUGGCAGAUUCUGGGCCGCCCAGAAGCCGCUGGCGGAGGGCAGAGUGCGGGUGUUCGCAGCUGAGCUGGGUUCUGCCAUUGAUGGAGAACGUUCUUCUGAACGAGCGAGGCCACCUGAUGUUGACGGAUUUUGGAUUGUCCCGCAGACUGUGGCGAGGAGAGAGAGCGUGCACCAUCUGUGGAACUAUUGGCUACAUGGCUCCUGAGGUGUUGAGGGGCAACCCCUACAAUCACUCGGCUGACUGGUGGUCCCUUGGAAUCCUGCUCUACAUUCUGAUUGCUGGCAAGUUUCCUGUGGAGCCUCAGGAUGACCAUGCCGCGAUGCUGGCCAGCGUGCAACGAGCCCACCUCCCCCCGCCGGCCCCCGUCAGUCGGAGCCUCGACUUCCUCCUUGCAGAGCUGCUGUGUGCCGACCCCCAGCGCCGCCUGCACCGCCUCGACGCUUUCAGUGAGCACUGCUUCUUCCAUGGCCUGCCCUUCGACCCUGUGCUCCUGCAGCAGCUGCCCCUGGAGCCAAGUCAGGUGGCGGGUGAUGGACCCUCCCUGUCUCAGCACCCUCCCCACCUCUUCCCUGAUUUUGACUGGGAGCCGCUUGCUGACUCCGAGACGCCCCUGGCAGCGUGAAGGGAUGCACUCACCGGUCGCUCGUCUGUGAGUCACUCACGUGUAACUCAGCUCCGUCCAAAUCAUACAGUGCCCUCCAUAAUGUUUGGGACAAAGACCCGUCAUUUAUUUAUUUGCCUCUGUACUCCACAAUUUGAGAUUUGUAAUUGAAACAAUCACAUGUGGUUAAAGUGCACAU